AUGGAUGGACUUAAUGUUAACAGCUCGCCGAAUGCCACUCUCUCGUACUGUAACGACAACCAUGGGCCGGUACAAUCAGAGGGUUACAGCGACUGCGAGCCGGUCCCAUUCCCGAUUGCGAUUGUUGGCAUGUCAAUGAGGCUUCCCGGCGGUGUCAAUAGUGAGAAGGAGUUCUGGGACUUAUUGAUCAACAAGCGCGAUGGCCGUUGCGUAGUUCCCGGGGACCGAUACAACAUUGAAGCAUUCUACGACGAGACUCGUCCUGGUGCGAUCCGGACCCAGCAUGGCUACUUCCUUCAGCAGGAUAUAUCGCAGGUUGAUGCUGGAUUCUUCGGUAUGAGCAAGCUAGAAGCAGGGAAACUCGACCCACAACAACGAAUACUACUUGAGGUUAUAUGGGAAUGCCUGGAAAACGCAGGUCAGAUCCCAUCUCGGUGCCGUGGAAAGGACAUUGGAUGUUAUGUGGGAGUGUUCGGUGAGGACUGGUUGGAUUUGAUGAGCAAGGACACCCAGGCCAUCGAUCGCUUCAGGGUCGUCAGCGCGGCGGAUUUCGCCCUUUCAAACCGAAUAUCCUACGAGUAUGACCUGCGAGGCCCGAGUAUCACGUUUCGUACUGGUUGUUCUGCGGCCCUUGUAGGUCUACACGAUGCCUGUCAGGCACUAUAUACGGGAGAAUGCUCAUCGGCGUUGGUGGCCGGGACUAAUUUGAUCAUCACGCCAACAACAACUAACGCCGUGUCGGAGACUAUGGCACUUUCCCCCGAUGGGAUUUCCAAGACUUUCGACGCUUCAGCAAAUAGCUAUGGAAGGGGAGAAGCAGUAAACGCAAUAUAUAUUAAGCCGCUACAUGCCUGCCUCCGAGAUGGUGAUCCAGUUCGCGCCGUGAUACGAUCUACAGCUGUGAAUUGCGACGGCAAAACACCUAGCAUAACAACCCCAGGGUCGCAAGCACAGGAAGCGCUAAUCAGAAAGGCUUAUCAGAAAGCAAGAAUUUCCGAUAUCAGUAAAACAGCAUUCUUUGAAUGUCACGGAACUGGCACAAUCGUUGGCGAUACGGCUGAAACAACGGUAAUUGCCAAUGUGUUUGGUCAGGAAGGCAUACAUAUUGGAGCGGUGAAACCAAACCUGGGUCAUUCAGAAGGCGCCUCAGGAAUUACCAGCGUGAUCAAGAGCGUACUCGCGCUUGAGCACAGGAUCCUUCCUCCCAACAUACAUUUCAAUACGCCAAAUCCUAACAGUAGGUGUGAGAGGAUCAGCGUCAAUUCAUUCGGUAUUGGAGGUACCAAUGCUCAUGUCGUCUUGGACUCUGCCCUUUCUGUGGGUGGAGGACAGCAGUCCGGGGUAGACGAGAGACCAAGCCCACCACAUCUUCUGCUCGCGUCUGCCAAGUCGGCAACAUCACUGGAUAGCAAUAUCAAAAUAAUCAGCGAUUAUCUAAAUGAAACCCCGUCUGCUGCUGCAGACCUUGCAUAUACGCUUGCGUUCAAACGAGAGCAUAUGCCACACCGAGGCUUUGCCAUAAUGGAGAAAGACGGGACGAUUUCGACAUUCGAGAAAGCGCGUGCACUCAAUCCGCAGGUCUGCUUCCUCUUUACCGGACAAGGAGCACAGUGGCCAGGCAUGGGCCGAGAGAUGAUCCUGAGCUCUGAGAAGUUCCGCCGAUUUCAAGAGGCUCGAUUCGCACAGCCGCUUUGUACCGCUAUCCAGGUCGCUCUGGUGGACUUUCUCCGGGAGCUUGGAGUCGUUCCUUCUAUUGUGGUCGGACAUUCCAGUGGCGAAAUUGCUGCGGCUUAUGCUUCAGGGGCUAUCACCGCCGCAUCUGCAAUCAAAAUCGCCUACUUCCGUGGCCUGUCCAUGGAGUCUGCAAAAGCAAAGGGUGCAAUGGCAGCAAUCGGGCUCGGACGAGCGGAUGUGCAGCAAUACCUCAGGGAUGGAGUGGUCUUGGCAUGCGAGAACAGCCCUGAAAGUGUGACGAUCUCGGGAGACGAGCAAGCGGUCGAUGAAAUGUUGAAAGACAUACAGGCACAAGGCGAAGUCUUCUGUCGGCGUCUCGCAGUCAACGUGGCUUAUCAUUCGCAUUACAUGGAGGAGGUAGGAAAGCUAUUCGAGUCCUUACUUUCGGAGAUAUGUUUCAAUGAAUCCAUGACCCCACUAGUAUCCACGGUGACAAACGAAACUAUCUCCGACCCGUGUGUUCUGAAUCCUUCAUACUGGAGGAGGAAUGUGGAGAGUCCAGUUCUGUUUAACACGGCAGUUGACAAGAUACUGAGUGAAGGUGAUCAGGCCUUGGCGUUUGUUGAGAUAGGGCCACACUCGGUGCUCUCUGGCCCCUUGCGACAGAUUAUCUCUGGAGCAGAUUCCAAGCGAAGCUGUUCAUACACACCAACCUUCGUUCGACACACAGACCAAUCGAGUUGCUUGCUGAGCACAGCUGGCCAAUUAUAUGCUCAGGGAAUUUUUGUCGACCUAUCGUUCUUAGUCCGUCCUGCAGCGACUGUGACAGACCUUGCUCCCUAUUCAUGGGAUCAUAAUGAAUCAUUCUGGAGUGAGACCCGCCUAACGAGGGAUUGGAGGCUUCGGUCGGCUCCCCACCAUGAACUAUUAGGCAGUCGAGCUCUAGAAUCGAGCGACUUGGAACCUGUAUGGCGGAAUAUGUUACAAGCGGAGAAUGUACCUUGGCUAUUAGAACAUAAAAUAGGGGGAGAGGUCGUCUUUCCCGGUGCCGGAUACGUGGCAAUGGUUGGGGAGGCUAUGCGUCAGAUAUCCCAGGUUCCCGAAUAUUCGGUAAAGAAUGUGUUUAUGCGAGCUGCGUUGGUUCUGAGAGAGGCGAAGCUGCAGCACGUUGAGAUUAUUACGAGCCUUCGACCGGUGAAACUGACCGACAGUCUAGACUCCGGCUGGUAUGACUUCACAAUCACUGCAUAUAACGAAGGCGAGUGGAAGAAACAUUGCGUCGGCCAGGUUCGGGCAGAGCCAGAUGAAUUUAGUAAUGAAUAUGGUACAGUAUUCUCAUACUCACGCAAGGUGCUGGCUAAGGAAUGGUACGAUGCUUUGGAGAGGCGCGGACUCGAGUACGGCCCCAAUUUCCGCGGGCUUCGCGAUAUCACGGCGAGCCCGACCACUACCGAGGCAGCAGCAACAUUAUGUGAACCUACUGCGCUAACCGGUAGCCACUAUGCUCUCCAUCCCGUCGUGAUAGACCAAUGUCUCCAGCUAUUGAGUGUAGCAGGAGCCAAAGGAAUCCAGCGUUGCAUGACUCAAUCAUGCAUCCCCACCGCUAUUGAGGGUCUAUACGUCGCCCGUGGACGAGAGACGAUGUCUUUGAGAUCAAGAUGCGAUUCAGCCGGAAACACGUUUACCGGGGAUGCCUUAUUACUUGCGGAUGAGAAGCUUGUGCUUUCUCUGAGGCGCUGCUUCUUUUUCGGAAUCAGUGAGUCGGCGAUAAACGAUGAAAAUGGCGCGUCCGCCGCAAUACUGCAUUGGAAGCCUCAUAUUGACUUUGUCCCACUUGAGACCCUAAUCCCACCAAUUCCAGCGGACAUAGAUCGCGGGAGAAUGGCAGCAAAAAUGUCGAAUAUUUUCAUACUGGAGGCAUACCACCGGACAAAACCGUCGAGACCAACGAAAGAGCAUUUGAAAAAGUACCAAGCAUGGUUGUUCUCACAGUACGAAAGAAUAAGGGACGAGGACCCCAGCCUUAUUCUGGAACACUGUGACAAGUCUGAAUCCGAUACCGCAGGACAUCUAUCACAGAUUGAAAAGUUUGGGGAAAACAUUGCGCACCCUUUAGUACGCAGUGUGUACACUGCCGCACAUGAGGUCCUGUCAAAUCUUCAGGGCAUUAUGGAUGACAGCGUUGACGCCCUGGAGGUUGUGAGUGGAAGUGAUGCCGUCACUAGUACUUAUGAGGAGUCCUCUCGUCUAUGUCCUGCAGGAAACUUCCUGUCACUUCUCAGCCAUUCACGUCCGACACUCAAAGUCCUGGAAGUUGGUGCAGGAACUGGCGGAGCCACCUCGGCAGCUCUUGAUGCGCUUUUUGAUGCAACAAAGCAUGGAGGUCCUAUGUAUUCGACCUACACGUUCACUGACAUUUCACCGGGCUUUUUUGCAAAAGCGAAAGAGCACUUUAAGAACUUCCCUGGGAUGAUAUACGAGACGCUCGACAUAUCCAAAGACCCUGAAGACCAAGGGUUUACUGUGGGGAACUAUAAUCUGAUCAUCGCUUCAAAUGUUGUCCACGCUACUCCAAGAAUUUCAACGACACUUCGCAAUCUGAAUAAACUUCUGGCUCCAGGGGGAUGGCUUUUUCUCACAGAGCUCUGCCCCACGCUGCCAACGUUGAAUUUCAUCAUGGGCAUCCUCCCAGGUUGGUGGAAUGCAGAGGAUUCAAGGGAAACGCCAAUGAUUCCUGUCUCACAAUGGCAUGAAGAACUUUUGGAUGCGGGCUUCACUGGUACGGACGUUGUUCGCUACGACAAUGAACCGCCAUACAAUACUAAUGCCUACAUCCUGUCACGACGACCUGAGGCCAAGGCAUCACUUGGUGGAGAAAUUGGCUUCCUUCAUAGGGGUAAGGUCCCUAGUUUGGCAUACACACUUGCACAGGCUUUCACACACCAAGGAGUCAGGGUCAACUGGUUGACCCUGAAUGACCUGUCUUCUUCAACAACGGACGUUAUAUCCUUCCUUGACCUGGAAGGCCCUUUCUUAAGCAGUAUUUCCGAGUAUGAAUUCUGUGCCUUCCAACGCUUUCUUUCUCAUGUGAAAGGCCACUGCCUCUGGCUGAUGCCGCCGGUUCAAUUCGGCUGUAAAGAUACAGACCCUCGAUUUGGCCUAACGCUGGGGUUGAUGCGAACAGUACGGAAGGAGAUUUCCACUAAUUUUGCGACUCUCGAACUCGACCAGAAGGAACCGUGUGCAGCAGAAAAUGUCUCCCUCGUUUUCGAACGAAUCUGCCGGCAGUCGGGCAAGAACCCAAUCCACGAGGACUAUGAAUAUGUUCUAGAAGAUGGAAAAAUUCAUGUCGGUCGAUUCCACUUCAACUACCUCCACCAAACCAUGGCUGUCGAUGAUGGCUUCGAACAGAGGUCUUUAGAUAUUGGAUGCUUUGGUAUCUUUGAUUCUCUGACUUGGGCCCUGGAUGGGCGGGUGGAAGAGCUUGGAGAACACGAUGUUGAGCUAGACAUCCGUUUUGUCGGGCUUAAUUUCAGGGACAUCAUGAUAUCCAUGGGACUCAUGGGAGACACCUCUGAAUUCGGACACGAAGCCGCUGGUAUCGUCCGCAAGGUUGGAUCGGGAGUGCAACAUAUUCAGGUGGGAGACCGAGUUGCAUUGUUUGGAAAAGGUUUAAUGGGCACUCGAAAAAUAGUUCCUGCAGAGUCUUGUCUUGUUGUCCCUGAAGGAUUGUCCUUAGAAGACGCAGCAGCAGGUCCCUGCAUUUUCUCUACCGCUCUCUACUCCUUGGUGAAAUGUGGGAAUGUACAAAAGGGUCAAACCGUCCUAAUCCACAGCGCAUGUGGCGGAGUUGGCCUGGCAUCAGUUCAAAUAUGCCAGGGAAUUGGAGCUGAGAUCUUCGCUACAGUUGGAAGCCAAGAGAAAAGAAAACAUCUUGUGGAGGAGUACAAUAUUGCCGAAGACCACAUAUUUGACUCGAGAAGCGUUAGCUUCCAGAGAGACGUGAUGAAGGCGACCGGUAAUAGGGGCGUUGACCUCGUUCUCAACUCUCUUUCCGGCGAGCUGUUGCAUGCCUCCUGGAAGUGUGUUGCCCCCAUGGGCAAAAUGAUUGAGUUGGGCAAGCAGGACUUCCUCGGCCAUGCUAAGCUGGAUAUGGACCUCUUCAUGGCAAACCGAACUUUCAUUGGUGUGGAUCUUCUUCAAAUUGGCGAGCAGAACCCUGAAAUUAUUCGAAGCUUAGUGGAGCAGUCUACUCAUUCUAUAGAGCAAGGGAAGCUCCGUCCUAUCCGGCCAGUUACUGUGUUCAAGGCGUCCGAUAUUGCCAAAGCGUUUAGGCAUAUGCAAACUGGAAAACACAUGGGAAAACUUGUCGUGGAAAUGCCUGAAAAUCCACACGAGCUACGAGUGUCUAAAUUGCAGUCCAAAGGAGCCCUUUUCCGCAGUGACGCUUCGUAUUUGUUAGUUGGUGGCCUCGGCGGACUUGGGCGUGCAGUGGCAAGAUGGAUGGUGGAGAAGGGUGCACGGCAUCUGAUAUUCAUGUCCCGGUCUGGGCUGGAACCAACCAAGGCUCGAGAGUUUGUUCAGGAUCUGGAGUCUCAGGGGAAUUGUCAUAUUCAGGCAGUUACAGGGGAUGUCACCAAUAUCAACGACGUUGAACGAGCUUUAUCUGCUGCGGGACGACCAAUAGCAGGAAUUAUGCAGUUGUCCAUGGUGCUACGAGAUCAAACGUUAGAUAACAUGGCAUACGAGGAGUGGACUGAAGCACUCGCUCCUAAGGUCCAGGGCACGUGGAAUAUUCAUCAUGCAACGCAGAACUGCUCUUUGGAUUUCUUCGUCCUACUUAGCUCGAUCUCUGGUACUGCCGGUCAUACAGGGCAGGCAAACUACGCGGCUGCCAAUACCUUCUUGAAUGCAUUUGUCACUUAUCGUCAUACAAAGGGGCUACCAGCUAGUGUACUCGAUCUUGGAUUCAUGGGAGAUAUCGGCUAUGUCGCGGAAACGUCUCAUAGGGCCAGGGAUAUGGUUGAAAUAAACUCAUGGGAAGUACUAGAAGAGCCUGAUCUACUCAAGGCCCUGGAAAUACAGAUCAUGCGGGGUGCUCCCCACCUUUCCAUAGGAAUGGGAACAACAAAGCCAGUGUCAGAGAUUGAUAACGGCAGCACGUUUGGGCAGGAUGCUCGCUUCCUGGCGUGGCAUAACAUGCUAGCCGCUUCGGAAGGUGGUAGUGCAAACCAGGAUAACGAGCUCAAAGCCUUGGUAAACGCGGUCAAGCGUGAUCCCUCUCUUCUCUAUGACCCAGCUACUGAGACCAAGAUCACUCUCGAAAUUGGUCGAAUGGUUGCCUCAAACAUGUCAUAUCCCGAUGAUAUGCCAUAUGAGGAGCUUUGCGAGAUUGCAAUUGACUCGUUGAUGACCAUUGAGAUACGCAGCUGGUUCCGGCGAAAUGUCGGCGUUGAGGUGUCACUCGCUCAGAUAUCAAAAGCGCAGACCGUCAAAGGUCUCGGCGUGAUCACCAUGCAGGUUCUCCGCGAAAAGCACAAAUCCGGCGAGCUUGAGAACGCGAAGGGCUCUCUAGUCGGUAACGGAAAAGAGGACGUUGAUGAGAGCGUACUUUAUCGGGCGGACUUGGAGUUGGCCAAAUCUCUGGAGCCAAUAUCAGAGCACGUUCCGUGUUGGCAUUCCGAGUCUGAAGGGCGAGUGUUUCUUACCGGAUGCACCGGGUUUCUGGGUGCCUUCUUUCUCUCUCUUCUAGUAAGUCACCCGCGCGUGAAGGAGAUUGCGUGCUUGGUGCGGGCACCAGAUACCUCAGCUGGCUUGGCCCGUAUCAAGGAAACCCUGGAACACUACGGACUGUCACUGGACUCUGAAUCUAAAGUCAUCGUGGUACCUGGCGAUAUCACCGAUUCUACGCUUGGACUCGGGCAAGAGAAGUACGAACAUUUCGCUCAGUGGACGAGCAUUGUUUUCCAUCUCGCCGCCCAAUGCAACUACAUGCCUUCAUAUUCGGAUCUUCGCAGUGCCAAUAUUCAUGGGUUUUCUAAUAUUCUCCGGUUCGCCAAUACGAAGCGCCUGAAGCCAGUACACUAUACCUCCAGUAUUUCAGCCUGCGGUACAUCUGCAUAUCUCGAGGGUAGGGAGCUUAUCGGCGAGAACGAAAGACCCGUCCUCAAAGCCACGGGCUCGGAAAGAAAGCUCGUCGGUUACAGUGAGACGAAGAUUGUAGCUGAAAGCAUUGCUUGGGAUGCCAUUGCAAACGGCAUUCCAGUAACCAUACAUCGCCUACCGGUCAUAUCCGGCCACAGCAAAACGGGAAUCGCCAAUCCUGCGGACGGUUUCCAACAUCUGAUGGUCAGCGCCAUUCGCGUUGGAUGUUAUCCCUCUCCCCCGGCCGCCCGCUGCCAGAUUAUCCCAGUUGACUACGCAAGCUCGGCGAUCCUGCAAAUCGCACUUAGCAGUCACCACAGCCAUGCCUAUAAUCUUGUCAGACCAGAUCAGUCUCGCACGCUGACAUGGAACGAAGUCCUGGACACAGUGGCACAUUAUUCUUCGCCCCCGUUGAAAGAGGUAUCGCCUUCGGAGUGGACUGAUAUUGUAGCAACACAUGGCCAGCAGCGCCUUAAAGUCGCAUCAUCAUACUUGCAGGAUAGGCUUCGGGAACAGUUAGUUUACUGGGAGGUGGAAACCAUGACGAAGACUGUAUAUGAAAACGCGCAUAGUCGUCGUGUCUUGCUUGAGUCGGCGGAUAUGCCGGAGUUGCCUUCUAUGCCUGAGCUUUUGAGUACAUACUUCAAGGUCUGGCAGAAACAGGAGCAACACCGGUGA